AUGUCGUCAAGAAAGAAGGUUCUCUUGAAGGUUAUCAUACUCGGUGAUAGCGGGGUUGGCAAGACCAGCUUGAUGAACCAAUAUGUCAACAAGAAGUUCAGCGCAAGCUACAAGGCCACCAUCGGCGCAGACUUCUUAACAAAGGAAGUCCUAGUAGACGAUCGACUGGUCACGAUGCAGCUAUGGGACACGGCAGGCCAGGAGCGGUUUCAGUCUCUGGGGGUCGCUUUCUACCGAGGAGCCGACUGCUGCGUGCUAGUAUACGAUGUCAACAACUCCAAGAGCUUCGAUACCCUUGACAGCUGGCGGGACGAGUUCCUUAUCCAAGCGAGCCCCAUGGAUCCAGAAAGUUUCCCCUUUGUCGUAAUUGGCAACAAGAUUGAUGUGGAAGAAAGCAAGCGAAUGAUAUCGACCAAGCGCGCCAUGACCUUCUGCCAGUCGAAAGGGGGGAUUCCUUAUUUCGAGACCAGCGCGAAGGAAGCAACGAAUGUUGACCAAGCCUUUGAGGUGAUUGCAAGACAGGCGCUUGCUCAGGAGGAGGCUGGCGACUUCAACUCUGACUUCCCAGAAACGAUACCGAUCAAUCUGGAGAACGAUCGUGACGGUUGCGCAUGUUAA